UUAUCUUUCGGGGGCAAUUAUUACUGCAUAUCAAGUAUAACCAACAAAUAGACAAAUUCCUAAAACCCUGGCAAUUCUCCCCAGAGACUCUCGUUUCCAACUUUGAGAAAAGCAUACCUAGGGUUAUGAUAAUUUGGUUGAAUCGGUGAAAUGGUGACCCUUGAGGAAGUUCCCCCAGUUGAUUCUGAAGCCGGAGAGUCCGCUCAGUGUUGCACUGGCGCCGGUCAAGGAGCAAAUCUUUUAUCUUCAGCCGUUCCAUCAUGUUCGGAGCUUGGAAAUUCUGAAUCUUUAAUUGGGAUUCCUUCCUUAGUUUGUGCCACAAACUCCCAAUACAACACUUCUGAUGAAGAAGACAAUCGUCGUAAACUAGAUUUACCAUAUUCCAAGAUUGCCUCUCCCGUCCUGUCAUGGUGCAGGGAGGUGAAGUCGCUGAUUGCUACAAAUACAAUGGAUGGUCCUCAAACGCAGAGGUUGCUGGGGCAAGUUGCUAAGGAAAUGCUGAUUCAUGGUUUUGCUGGCUUUCACUUGUUAACCGAAAAUGGAAAUGCAGCCAGCAGGUCUUCCUUUACGGGGAACGCAAAGAUUUUCCAUGGUGAAAAGAUUGAAAUUACAGUUGACAUCAGUUCUCCUGCAAGUGCACAGCAAAAUAUUAACGAGAAUGGUGGUCAAUCUGAGCAAGCCAACAGUGGUCCCAAUGCCCCUAUUCGCAGCAGACGGGAGAGGGAGGAGAAUACCGGGGAGAGAAAAGUGUGUGUGGGUGUGCAGAUCCUGUGUGGAGCAGCUGGGAUUGCACUAGUUGUGGGGGUAAUAUGGAUGGGCUGCGAGGUGCACAGCUUAUUUAAAGCUGGGAAAGCAGUCUUAGGGUCUGGGAGAGCAGCAGUUGAUGGGUGGCUAGCCAAUGGCUGCCCACCAUUAGUCAAUAGCUUGGUAGAUUCUGUACAAUUUCGAAUGUUUGGCAGUCAAUAGCUUCGUAUGUCAAUAGCACGGUGGAUGCUUAUACAGUAUGGUAUGGUUGUCUUUACCCUUUUUGUGGUCAAAGACUGACACGAUGCAGAACGAAGUCAGUGAAUGAUGUCAUGCCAGUCCCGAAAAUGUGCAGAGCAACGUGGCUUUUUGGUCAAGAAAAUGUUAGAAAAAAAAACGUGGCUUUUUGGUUCUGUGACCAAAAAAGGACGGUGAAUUGUAGUAAAUCCCGUGAAGUUUUGGUAGAGUUGCACUUUGUCUCCCACAGUUUUUCCAUCAAAUACUCUUGACCCGUGGAUCUCGACCCAUUUUUCAUUCUUCCA